AUGACUGGAGAAUCUACUGUACAAAAGGUCAAGGAUGUCCUUCACAUCGGUUCCAACAAGGACAAGGACCACACCGCCACUGGCACAACACACAACACUACCGGUACUACUGGCACCCACAUUCCAGGUACCACUCACAACACCACUGGUACCACUGGUACCCACAUCCCAGGUACAACUCACUCUGGCCAUGCUGAGGGUUCUCACGGACCUCACAGCUCCUCUGCUGCCAAUGCUGCCGACCCAAGAGUCGACUCUGAUCUAGACGGAAACCGUCUUCCAAACAAGACCUCUGCCGGUUAUGGUACUCAAGAUGCCGCCUAUGGCACCACUGGUACCCACACUGGUACUCACACUGGUGCUCAUACUGGUGCUCAUGUUCCAGGCACUACUGGUCAUCAAGGUUAUGGACACACUGGCACUACCGGCACUACCGGUACCCACAUUCCAGGUACAACUCAUACUGGACACUCCGAGGGAUCCCACGGACCUCACAGCUCAUCUCUUGCCAACGCCGCUGAUCCAAGAGUCGAUUCGGACUUGGAUGGCAACCGACUUCCUAACAAGACUUCCGCUGGUUACGGCAGUGGUCUUACUGGCUCAACCGGUACUCACACUGGAACUCACACCGGCACUCACACCGGCACUCACACUGGUACUCACACUGGCAACACAAUCGGAGGAACCGGCUUCGGUGGAGGAAUUUCCCACAGCACCAACGCUGGUCCUCACAACUCAAACAUGGCCAACGCUGCUGACCCAAGAGUCGACAGCGAUUUGAGCAGCACUGGUAACCGCCACGGAGCUUCUACUGGACACUCUGCAUUCGGUGUUUCCGGCUCCCAUGCCACCCCAGGCUCCGGAACUGCUCAGAACACCGCUGGUCCACACAACAGUGACAUGUUGAACAAAGCUGAUCCAAGAGUUGAUGCCGACCUUGAUGGUUCCAAGACCUUGGGAGGAAACAAGACAUACCAUUAA